AUGGAUUCAAAUUUGGAAUCCUUGAGUCGUCUUUCGAUUGACCUGCUGAAUUUUCUUGAAAGCGGUGAUUAUGAACGGCUAGUCGACAUUACCAAUUCAUUUCCGGAAUAUUAUUGCAGAAAAGAAUUUGAUUUGAUAGUGAGAGUUGGCGAGGGCCCAGACGCAGAGGAUUUCUAUUGUAAUUCGGAUGUGUUGAGAUCAAGAUCACGAUACCUUCAGAAUGCUCUACUGUAUGUUCACGAAUCGGAAGGCGAAUACAAGGUUUUGGAAGAACCGCAAAUUUCUCCAAGAACAUUUCGGACAUUGCUCAGAUUCAUCUACAAGAGUGAUGUAAACGCGAGUGAAUUGGAAAUAGAUGGGACUCUUUGUGUCGACCUUUUAAAAGCCGCGGAACAUUUUGGCCUCGAUGAUGUGACGGAGGAAUUGCAAAAGUACAUACUGGAUGACAAAUCUGGAUGGUUACAUGAUAAUUUUGUAAAGAUCAUUAACGGGGUGUUCACGAGCGAUGGCGACGAAAGAAUUCGUCACCGCCUAAUUCACAGAAUCAAUUCUGAUCCACGGCAUUUGUUAGACUCCAAAGACUUGGCUGACCUGGAUGAACGUUGCUUUUCUAUGUUGUUGGAUGAUGAAUGUUUGUACAUCAGCCCGGGUACCGCUUGGGACAUAUUGGUGAGAUGGGGUGUCCAACAAAGUCCGAUUUUACGACAAGACAUAUCCCAUUGGACACUCAAGGAAUGGACGGUGCUGAGGGAUGCCGUGGGGGAAGUCAUCACCCGCAUCCAAUUCUCUCGAAUCUCCCGGAACGACUUUUACGGUAAAGUCAUACCAUUCGGUAAGGUCAUUCCUCAGGACCUAAAUCAUCCCGUCCUACAGUGCUAUCUUGAUAAGGACAUCCUGUACGGGCACAGUGAGAAACUGCGACACAUCAUUCUAGACUACUCUUCUAUAAUAAAUCAUUUUCACGCGGACAUGAUCCUGAAGUGGAUGGGCUUCGGACAGGAAAAACUCGAUCCCCUGAAGCGGAGUAAAAGUUUGAAACGAUUCUUUCACAUUAAGAAGGGAAAGAAAUCAAAGGCAUCAUCGUUUUCCCCCACCUACCAAUUCGACCUCUUAUUUCGUACAACGAUUGAAGAUGCCGACAAAUUUGAAAUCGAAAAUUAUGAAAAAACGUGCAAUAACCUCGCAAACACCUUGGUAAUUGUGAAAGUUCUCGAUUCCAAGGCAAUAAUAGGGGGGCUCGCGCCGAACGGAUUGAACCGAGACUUCCUAACACUUUACACUCCCUCGGUCGACCAAAGUUUCUUGUUCAGUUUUCAAACUGGCGAACCGAAAACUGAAAGCUCGAUAGUUAGCAGAGCUCGAAAAGUGAGAAGCGCAAACGACGAGUAUAUACCCUACCUGUGGGUUGGACCGAGGUUCGGAGCGAGAGACAUGGUGAUCGAUUUGAAAAAGAUGAAAUGCACUUGCUACCCUCAAUAUUAUGAACAAGGAAUUUAUGAUGGCAAAGAAUUUCGCAUCAGUGAGUGUGAGAUAUUUCAGAUUAACGAAUUCUAG